AUGAAGAUCGAAGUUGAUUCCUUUUCAGGUUCUAAGAUUUACCCAGGUAGAGGUACCUUGUUUGUCAGAGGUGACUCCAAAAUCUUUAGAUUCCAAUCAUCAAAAUCUGCCUCCCUUUUCCACCAAAGAAAGAACCCAAGAAGAAUUUCAUGGACUGUUUUGUACAGAAGACACCACAAAAAGGGUAUUUCUGAAGAAACUUCUAAAAAGAGAACCAGAAAGACCGUUAAGCACCAAAGAGCUAUCGUCGGUGCUUCAUUGGAAUUGAUUAAAGAAAGAAGAAGCCAAAAGCCAUCAGAAAGAAAAGCUGCCAGAGACUCUAAAUUGGCCAAGGAUAAGGAAACCAAGAAGGCUGCUAAGGCUGCUAGAAAAGCUGAAAAGGCUAAGGCUGCUGCUGCUGGUAACCCAGUUGUCUCUAAGCAAAGCGCUAAAGGUUCAUUCCAAAAAGUUAAAGCCACUUCUCGUUAA